UUUCAGGCAACGAGUAUAAACCGAAUGUCAAGAAGCAUCUUCGCCCUUUUCUGAUCAAGUGAAGUACAAGUUUCAGCGCUAGUUGGAAGCAUCGGUCGCACUCGGGCAUUAUAUUUCUUUGAAACGCCUUUUGGCAGCGAGAAAACGUUGUUCGAAGUCGAAUUCAACGUACUAAAUGCCCAGAAAAGUUGGCUAGAAACAAAGAUCAUAGAUAUUCCAAAAGCAACGCGCAGCAUAGAAGUGUGUGACAUUCUUUGGGUUUUGCUCGUCACCAUCAUUCCGUGUAUGAACGGUGAGCGUUCUUUCUUCUAUUGUGCUCGUUGGAAAGAAAGUGGAGUUGUGAAAUAGGCAGCAACAACAGCAGUCUGUGGGUUUUCGCACAGCUGUUAAGAAAAGAUACCGAAGAAAGUAGUAUCGUUGGGAAAGUGUACUAACGCUAGCGAAGCAGAACCCCUCCCCCCUUUGAGAUCAGCGUGAUUAUCGCGUAUUUGACGCGCAUAGCGGAAAGGGGCACACGAACACCCAGAGUGAAAAGAAGGGAAUCCUCCAUCCAUCCACAACUGGUGUAUAAGGAGCGUCGUGGCGAAGGAGGCGAAAGCAGAGGUGUUUAAGAAGGUGCGAGGUGGUACAAACGAUCGAGAGAAUGGCCCAAAACAUUAACCCCGAGCGCGCACAGUCCUCAAACCCAUCGAAACAGAACGACGAGACGCUGAUAAACAACAAUAACCAUGCAGUUAGCAAACGACUCCAAAAGGAGCUAAUGGCUCUGAUGCUGUCCUCGGAAAAGUCAAUCUCUGCCUUCCCGGAGGGGGAGAAUUUCUUCAAAUGGAUCGGUACGAUCAGCGGCCCGGACGAUACGGUUUACAAGGGCCAGAAGUACAAGCUUCUGCUCGAGUUUCCCAACUCCUACCCGUACUCGGCGCCGAAUGUGAAGUUUAUCACGCCCUGCUUUCACCCCAACGUCGACCUAAGCGGUUCGAUCUGCCUUGACAUCCUGAAGGACAAGUGGUCCGCCCUGUACGAUGUGCGGACAAUCCUGCUCUCCAUCCAGUCCCUGCUCGGUGAACCAAAUAACGAUAGUCCGCUUAACUCGCAAGCUUCCCAACUGUGGCCGAAUCAGGUCGAGUACAAAAAGUAUCUGGAUGAUUUUUACGAGAAAAAUAAGGACUCCUAAACGAAGGGCCGUGGUUGCUCCUCCACACCGUGAAUCCCCCUACCUAUAUCCCUUUUUAUUAGUAGAGCAAUUUAAGGAUAGAUGAAUAGCCAGUCAAUCAAUCGCAUUAUAUUUUAGUUAACGAUGAGGUGGCGUUUUAUGCUCUGUUCUUAUUUUUGACCCAUAUUUACGCAAGCUGCAUAAAACCAAUCUUGGCUUUGAAAUUAAAUUUUUUAUGAGUUCAUGAAAUUGAGAAUGCUUAAGUCUUAACAGGAAUGGUUCUGUGGUACCGUUUGAAAUGUUUGUUUUUUUUUUAAUAUUUCAUUGUUAUUUAUGUUUUCCUUUCGUUUUAUACGUGUCAUUUUGAUAAAUGUU